AUGUUCGAGGGUGGUGGUCAGGACAUGUCGCCGUUGAUCCGGGUGGCGAGUUCUUUGUUGGAGAAGGCAGAGUUAUAUUGCGGCGGUGGGAAGCGAUUGAACGUGGUGCUGGGUCGUAGUUUCCCAUACUUUACGGCGGGUGUGGAGAAGCGUUUCGUCUUGGAAAAGGCGUUUCCCGAUGCCGCUGCUCAGAAAGCGUAUUUGGACAGCGCUGCAAGAGUGUUGGGACUGUUACACUCCUUAUUAGCGUUGGGCAAGGCACUGAGUCAUUGCACGGAGAAGGACGACAGCAACCGGUUGCUGGUAUAUGACUUGAUGGCGGAAGCGUCAUGUUGGUUGGGCGCCUUGCGGAGUCCCGAAAAGAUUUACGUGUCUGCGGUCUUGGCUGCUGUGGAGGGCAAUUGGAAGCAGACACUGGAAUUGUUGGAGAAGGGAUCUAAGAAGAAAAGCCGAGUGGAAGCGCCUGAGGUUAGUGCAUUGCGUGCGAUUUUGGAGAUGUUAGUGGGUACGAUCCCAUCUAUUCCAGAGAGUCUGCCGGUGGCUGCGGAUUUGAGACAUUUGGCUAGUCGGUGUAAUUUGUUGGGUAUGAAAUUGCUGUUGCCGGACUCGGAGCUGCCGCCCACUUCUAUCGGUGGCUUGUUGGAGCUCGCUGACCGGCUGUUCGUUCUCAAAAAGUACACGGAGGCCACUGUAUUACUUGACCGGUGCGAAGAGGUAUUGGCCGCCGGUUCGGAUAAGCGAGUACGACUUGAACGCUGCGGAAUCCGUAACUACCGCGCUGAACUUCUGUAUCAACGCGGCCGACUGCGCCACGUACGAAACGAGCGCGAGAACGCACUCCACAUGUACGAAGCCUGUCUUAAUUAUUGCCCGCAACAUUUACCAGCUCUGUACCAAUUGCAACGACUCCGCGCUCCACCCUCAGACAAACCUCUGGCCGCCAUGGAGAACGUCUGCAAAGAGGCCUGCCGCUCCCUCGCAGCCGUUACUCUCCUAAGGAACGCCUGUUCCAAGACAAGCUUCUCACCGGAUGAAUCCAAAGCCGUGAUGCAGGCCUUCGUAUCCGACGAUGAUCUGGAGGCGCUCAGACUUAAAAUUGAAGCCCUCAUGUGCAUCACCGAGAAAGGCUGCGGUGGCACCGAAGCCUCCCGUUGCGCUAGCGAGAACUUAAUGAAGCUUAUGCAGCAUUCGGCACUCUCUGUCCCGGCGGCUGAAAGACACACACUUCUGAAACAACUACACGAAAAACUCGACCUGCACUCCGGUACUGGAGUUGAAUCCGCUACUGGAGUUGACACCGGUUCCGGAGCUGGCAUGGAUUCCGGAGCCAGCCCUCAGGCAAGAGGGGAUGGCUCAAACGGUGUGUUGUCCGAAGGCAUUCCCGGCUCCGUAGGAAACCCCGGCGAUAACGGUGGUGCUGUUGAGAUGGCCGAUGAAGAAGACUUGUUUGGAGAAACCGCCGCAAUCGACAACAGGUCUGAAGCGGGUAGACCUAGUGGGGGCAGUCCAGCAAACGAUGGCGCUGCGAACGGUGGCGUGCUUACGACUAGAGGAGAGCAGCGGUCAUUGACGGAGGCGGACGUAGUGUACUUGGUGUUGAUGCGUCGCACGAUUCCGUUGGACUGGGUAAUUCUGUACGCGAAGUUUACAACGGCGAGCGGAAGUUGCAACGUGGCGACUUGGGACGUAAUUCGGCGGUUUGCGAAGCAUCGGGGGGGAGAGGAAGGUGCGGAGAUUGGCACGUUAACAGCAUUGUAUUCUUCGGGACGGUACGAUGAGCUGCAUAGUCGGUUAAAAAAAGUGGUGCAGGCGAAGAACGAAUUAAGUCGUUGUCGAGAGGUGGUAGUGUUACGUAUAUUACAUCACCUGGUGCGCGGGGAAGUCCAGUUUGCACGACAGAUUGUAGAGCGGGCCUUGUCUUACGUAGAUGGCCAGACAGUGGCCUCAGGUGGCCAGUCUCCAUUCCAUUGGCAAACAUAUGCUAUCUAUGUAGACCUGCUUGUAUUGACACGGAUCGGAUCACAUAGGUCACCACUGAAAUGCAAAACAAAGGAAUUGCUUGAGCACAUCUUCAAGAAAGAUAGCAAGCGCCGAAGAGAUGAUCUUACCGCUGCCCCCAUGCCGACUACUCUUCGGUCUCGAAUACAGACCUUAAUUGGCUGGAUUCUGGUUCUGCAAGGAAGGAAGCUGAAAUCCGCUGAAAAACGCCAAUCCGGAUCCGGGGCUGCUGCUAAGUUCACUGAAGCCAAAAAUCUAGGAAUGCAAGCCGUUCGAGCCUGUCCGCAAAACUGGCGGGCGGCCUUUGUUGUUGCUGAAGCAUGUAAGGGACUUAGAGACUAUGCUAUUGCUAACAAGAUCUUCACACUGGUCGGAGAUUGCGUUGUAGGCAGCCAGUCACUGUCCAGCUGGAGAGAGAAGGCCUGGCUCGAUGACGCCUUAAUGAGGGAGACGGCCUACUCACUCUCAUCCGUUAAACCUGCACCCAUCGCCAGCCAGGGAAAGCUAAUUCGCGCGGCUCAAAGCAUCGUCGAUACCGAUGGACUCUCCACGCAAUCCUUCCUCACCAAACUAGCCGCUAGCGUCAAAGACCCGAGACUAGCCAACGUCGUAUUCCACAUCAUUCUACAGUACAAACAGACCCACAAAAUUGGACUGCCCCUCACCAACGCUCUAGCCCAUGUAGGCACACUCGCCUGCCUCGAAAGAGCCAAGGAAACAGAAAGCAUUAAAAAUCCUAAAAUACUCUCUGAUCUCAUUUCGGACGCCGAAAAAGUCGCUGAGGCCUACAGGACUGUACUCACGCAAAAACAACUCGCUGAAAAGGUACCCGACGUAUUCGUACCUCACGGAAAAGGAGCCCUCGCUUAUCUUGUCUCUCUUGACCAACCCGUCGUCGGACCCCUAUACGACGAUGACGCAAAACUCGCCACUGACAUGGAGGAUGUCGUCACUAAGGACAUACUCGAAGAUCUACCACGCACCGAGAGCCUCCGGAGAAAACUCGAACAAGACAUCGAAGCCCUCAUUGAACGCCUGAAGGAUCUACAACCUCUUGUAAGACACGAAUACGCCACGGCAUGCGCCGUACGCGAAGAGCGGCUGAGAGAAAAUGAUAAAAUCCUCAAAGACCUAGAAGACAAAACCGCUAUCGAAGACCCUAUUGUUUUCGGCUUUGGAGGCGCCACCUAG